AUGACUGAGGACUCAGUUGCCUUAGGUGACGUUGUUAUUGGCACCAAAGUUGUUCCCUGCAACGUAGUCGGCAAUCGAACGAACAGUGGCUCUGGUGAUAAAAUGUUCACCCCGCCCGAAUAUCUCCUCUCCGCGCUCACUGUUGCCUUUGAUGAAAGGGGGCUUGACCAGUCCAACUUGCAACAGUCGAUGAAUGCGGUCAUUAAAUGUAUUCCAAAUUACAAUGGCCGGUAUAGACGACCUGGGCAUCGCCUUGACCAUUUGUCACAAGGUAGCACCCGAUCCCAACAGUAUUCGUCCCAAUACCGCAGCGAAGCCGAACACCAAGAGUCUCAGCCAUAUCAGUCAACUACAGUAUUUUACGGUAGCAUAGUAUCCCGACCAGGAAAUAAGACUAUGGAUAUUUCCGGAAGUCUAGAGCAAAACACUGCCAUCAAGGAUAUUCUGUGUGUUGAAUCUGGAUCUGCCGAUAUCCUAGCGGCAGGGAUUAGUUGCCUCCCUAUCAUAGGAAUCAGUUCGGAUGUCCGUGAUCAUGGUCAUCGGGAUAGCGAUUGGUCGCACUAUGCUGCGUUUGCUGCAGCCGUAUGCUCCAAGGAGGUGCUUGCCUCCCUCGACCCGGAAGUCGUGACAAGAGCAGACUCCAACAUGACCUCCAAGGAGGUCGAUGCCAUGAUGAGGGACAAUGCGAAAGUGAUUCAGCGGUAUAUACAGGAAGCCUGCCGUUAUAGGCAGCCAGAUCGGCUAUUAGAGGCUGCACGGCUUGCCGACAAACGAGUAGAUCAACUCGAAGUCUGGAUCAAAAACAUGUCGCAAAUCGCGCAGGAUGCCACACAAGAGCAGCUUGUAAAUCUCAAAACCGAAAUGGAUUCUAUCAAAGAGACUGAAGACAGGAUGCGCCAAGAUCUAAAAACUAUGAAUGACAAGAUUGAGAAGCUGAGGAACGACCCCGAAAACGCUAAUAUGAGAUCAGAGUUGGAUUGGCUUCACGAAACUGUGGCCGAUCAUGCGUCAAGGCUUGAUAUACUGUCUGAUUUCACAUACGAGGCUACUGGGAUUACCAUCAAAGCACUGGACAUAGUGGGACAACAAACCAACAAUCCAGGUGUCCAGCAAGCCAACCUUUGGAUCAAAUUCGUUAGGGAACAACAGGAAGAAUUGAGCAAGUUUGCGGGCAAGAUGACCUGGAGAUCAAAGAGGACGAAGAAUACAUCGUCGGAUGCUCCUAGAUCUGGGGGCGGUUACUCUGCGCCACAGGAACUGCCCCAAACCCAAAGUAAAAUCGGGAAAUUUAGACCUCCGGCUAUAUUUUCCAGACAGCACGGUGCGCCGGCCGCCAGUUCUGAUAUCAGGUCUGAUGAGAGGCAACAUCACAAAGACCCAAAACCACCCCAUGCUAGGAUUACUAGUGUUCCUUCGCUGUCGCGCAGCUCAUCUCUCUACACAGCACCGCGCACCCCAUGUUCCAACUUUCACAAUUCCAACAUCGGCCGGACCAGUGUCAACACCCUGGGGACGCAAGAUUACCAAGACCCCAAACGUGUCACAUCAAAGAUUCCUGUUAGUGGUGGUCAUUUCUCACGCAGUGCUUCUUUCUACACAGCGACAGGCAGGCAAUCCUCUGAUUUGUAUAAUUCCAGCAUGAGCCAGACCGCUGUCAGCCCCGUGCAAGAACAUAAUCCUGGGUCAUCACUCUAUUCACAUCAGCCUUUGACCAGAGUCGACUCUCAGCCAAGAACCAGGGACCUUGUCAUGAACCGAGAAUCUUCUCACACACCUAGCCUGCAAUACCAAACUGUUGAGCCGUCUACCCGCUCUGCAAAUGGAUCUGAAGUCGAUCAAGCGAGUAAUUCGUCUGUCAAGAAGCUUGCGAAAGAAUUUGAGGACCGGGUUGGCAUUAUGAUGGGACGUCCGCACUAG